GGGGGGGGAGGAGUGGAGGGAAGUCUGAAUGAGCUAGAGGUGUAAGCGAAACGUGUUUCAACCACUGGCAAAUGUGUCUCCUUUUCUCAGGAGUUGAUCGUACAACACAAUACUCAGCUUGCCAUGGAGUUUAGCGCCUCAUCCGUGUUCGACCAACAGAAAGAUUCUGCUGAAGAAGUGGACCUGAGUUUAGUUUACCAAGCAGCUGCCAACGGGGAUGUCAACACAUUAACAGCAACCAUACGGGAGGAUCCCUCCAUCUUGGAGUGCUGUGAUGGCGAAGGUUCCACUCCAUUGAUGCAUGCAGUGUCAGGGAGGCAGGUGGACACAGUGAAGCUGCUUUUAAAGAUGGGCGCCUCUAUCAACACUCAGGAUGCUUGUGGACGGACCUCACUCUCACUGGCUACAUACUUGGGCUGGCUUGAAGGCUGUGUGUGCCUAUUGCGAAAUGGAGCCAAACAAAACAUCCCUGAUAAGAACGGCCGCCUGCCACUUCAUGCGGCAACCGCUGAAACUGACCUUAAACUCAUGGGAGUCCUGUUGCAGCAAUCCACUGCAUGUGAAAUAAACCACCAAGACAAUGAGGGCAUGACUGCUCUUCAUUGGGCGUCUUUCCAUAACCGUCCUGAGCAUGUGCAGGCACUCUUGCAGAAGGGGGCAGAUCCCACACUCGUGGACAAGGACUUCAAGACAGCCCUCCACUGGGCAGUGCAGAGUGGCAGCAGAUACAUGUGUUCCCUGAUCCUGGAGCACCCCCAGGGCUCUUUAGUAAUCAACUAUGAUGAUGAGAAUGGAAAAACGUGCGUGCACAUUGCCGCUGCUGCUGGUUAUAGCGACAUCUUGUAUGAACUAGCACACUUUCCAGAAACCAACCUGCAGGCAUUAGAUGUGGAUGAAAGGACCCCUCUCCAUUGGGCAGCAGCAGCAGGGAAGGAUGACUGUGUUCGGGCCUUAAUACAGCAGGGAGUGGAGCCUGGACCCAGGGAUAUCAACGAGAAUACACCACUCACUUAUGCAAUGUACUGUGGCCACACUGCCUGCAUCAAACUCCUUUCUGUGGAAAACAGAUCGGAUUCCGCUAGACCCCUGCCUGCUCAGGGGAGUGACCAGACUCAAAAGAAGGAAGGCAAGUUCCGUAUGCUCAACCAAAUCUUCUCCUGCAAGAGGAAGAAGGAGCACCACAUUGCCCGACAGAGAGAGCUGGGACACGACUUGACCGAGGAGACCUCCGAGGUGGAUGACAUCAUCACAAUGUUCGACUGCCUGGUGGACUCCUCCUCCUCUUCCUUGAUGACCAAGGAGCUGGGAGAUGAAAGCUUCAGAAUGAGGAAAAGGCCAACGGACACACAGAAGCUCCAUCUUCACGAUGACCCAACUGAGAAAGACUACAAUGGAUUGCCUCCCAUACGGACGCUAAGCCUUCCACCGAUCACUUUGGGAAACUCUUUGUUACAAUGCUCCCAGAAUGCUGUGCAGCAGAAUCAAGUCAAUGGACCACCAGUGAACCACUUUGUUUACCGGUCUCAGAAAAGCAAGAGCGAGCAUGACUUGUUUGACGGCAGGCAAAAGGGACAUGUUUUUGUCAACCAUACCUGGAAGACAAAGUCUAAUCAGUCUGUUUUGGCCCAGAAGUGCUGGAUACCACCCCCUACAGAGAGACUGUUGAAUAAACUGUUACACGAGAAAUCCGGUCCUUUGGAUAUUGUUUGUCCCAACCAAGCCCCAUACACCCUGAAGAAUGAACAAGCUCCAAAGACACACCUGCUACCACUGGACAGGUUGAAGAUGAGGGAUACUGCUCUUACACGCAACAGUUUAGCUCCCAUUCGUGAUCACUGUACCCACCGGUUUUCUUUACCACCUGACCAAGUCUCCAAAGGAGUGAAGAAGUCCAAGUCCUUGCCCCUCAACACCCUGGGUCGGGGUUCAGGGGGACUCCCCCCACCUGUCACCUCCAAGUCACAAAGGUCUGGGAUACCCCAAAGCCAGUCCCUCUGCUCUUUCUUGCCCAUGUUGAAUGGAGACCCUCUGAGGACUGUCCAGGUCCUUCCAGCCAUUCCCUCUCAAAGGAGACACAGCCCCACUGUCACUGAAACUAAAACGGAUGGCAUUGACAACUUGGAGAACAGAACCUGAUUCAACCAUAAGGCUCAUACUGUUUGUGGAAUGAGUAAUGGUGUUUACCUGAUGCACUGUAAAAGGGAUUCAUCAGCCUCCCAUUACUGACUCAAAGAAUCUGUAUUACGAGCAUGACAUUGCUCUUGUAGAUUCUGGGGGUUUCCUUAAACCUUUUAUAAAAUGUUACAGUUAUUACAAAACUGAACACUUGGGUUUAUAACAACCUCAAAUCUCUAAAACAUGGAUCAUCCCCUGCACACAUUUUUGUAAUUUGCAUGGCUUUGAUCUAUUUACAACACAUACUAGACACACAGACAAUAGAACCAGAAAUGAAUGCCUAACAAGGCCAAUGUUGAGCUUCUGACUGAUUACUGACCCAAGAUAUCGUGACUGUUAUUUGACUGGGUCAAUUUACAGCAUGUGAUGCACAGUUGAUUCUUCUCAGGUGUGAAGUGAUGGAACACUGGCGUAAAGAGAAAUGUAUGCUUACAGCAUACACAUGUAUAUUAGUCAAGCCAGACUAUAACUCAAAACUCAUCAAGAGAAAUGAUCGGUAAGUAUCAGACAAAAUAGCUAGCGAUUUUCAUUUAUUGUUUAAAAAACAGGACUCUAUUUUUACAAAUUUACACUUAGUAACACCAGAACGAAGGGCAUGCACUAUGUACUGUUGGAUCUUCUUGCACUUUUCAAUGAAGACAUACUGUAUGUUUAGGUUGUUAUGUGACAUCCUUAUGUGUUAUGUUUAGUAAAAUGAAUAAAAUAUGAUGUUUUUAUCACUUA